AUGAGUACCCAAAUCUUAACGAAAAAAGUUGAGCUUGAUAAUAAGUUAGAACCUCAUAUUUCUGUCAAAGAUAAAGUUUCCAAACUUUAUCAAAAUCCAAAAGUAUACGCAAUUUCCGCCGAUUAUGAUAAUGCUGGGAGCUCUAAAAAGACCGUUCUUGAGAAAACCAAUUGUACUAAUGGCUUUGCAGCAGCAGUUUUUCAUGCUUACAAUUAUCAUAAGCAUUUACGUUUAAGCCCUGAUGAUAUUUGGCUUACUAUUUCUCAGGGAGUUAGUCGACAUAUUAAUUAUAAUGCUGAAAAAUUUCGUCAAAGAUUUGUUAAACAUGAGGGAAAAAAAGAAAUUUGUAUUAUGGCUAAUGAUAUCAUAGAUGCAAAUACUCUUGAAGGUGAUUGGCCAGAAGCUGUUAAUAGGCUUGUUAUAAAAACUGAUGAAAAUGUGGAAAAAAUUGAACUUAAGGAAUUGUUAGAAUGUAAUUUUUCAACAACAACCUCAUGUUCCUUAACAGCAAGCCGCAUUGUAUUAUUAGAUAUGGUUAAGGCAUAUUUUAGUUAUAAAGUAUGCUUUCGUUGUGGAAUUCCGAAAGUUACACUUGAAGGAACGCUUGAAGAUUGGACGAAGCUUCAAGAAAAAGUUAUUCAAUUAAGAAAGCUAAAUUUAGAGCUAGAUUUUUGGUUAGAUCGCCUUGAACCUGUGAUCUGGAAAUUAGUAGCAACUUAUCGUGGUGAAGUUGACGAAGAUUUUUGGAGCAAAAUUAUGAAUAUAACACGUCCAUUUGGCUCAGGAAGUGGUAGUCCUUACAUCACAGGAUGGUUGACAAGCUUCUUUCCUUAUAAUCGUGAGGGAACACCCUUAAAUUCCGAUAGUUUAGAUAUUCCUGAUAUUCCAGAUGGUAUAGUUGAAGUUCCUUUUACCACUGAUACUGGUUUAUCUUUGAAAUUUAUGGCUGGAUUCAUUGGUGCCUAUCAAGAUGUUCUUGAAGGAUGUGAUGGCGAAUCUGCUGUUUCUCCUAUGGUUGGAUGGUUUAUUACUGAUAAUAUGAAAGGUGCUUCUGAUGAACAAUCUUCAUGA